CUGCAACUGAUUGAAGGCAGUUACCUGGCAGUUAGAAAGACGAGUCGACCAACGGUUAAUAUUAAGUUGUUUAAAGUAUGUUAUUUGAUUCAAGCGGUCGACUUUCAACCCAGUAUAUUAAACGACAUGUUGAGUUACGCUAGUAAGAGGUGCAGCUAAUUAAAUUAAUUGGUUACCGUUACUUCGCUUAAUUUAGCCGAAAGAGCCAACCGCUGACAGCCAUCGUAGUCAUUGAAAACAUUUUGGGCCAAAACUCAGACUGGGACCGGUUUAACAGGUUUAAAUAAGAAAGUGUGGGUGGCUGUGACAGAAGCGUGAGUGAGCAGGUGGAUGCCGCUCCGUGUCGCUGCUGCUGCCCUUCAUAUGAAACACAAUCCCAUUGGGGAGGAAGAAACUCUGCGCAGCGAGCGAGCAGGGAAAUGCAAGCAUUAACUUAAUUCAUUAGCGCCGAUUGUUUGAAGACAGCGAAGAAGAAGCCUUACUGAAGUUGGAUUUAUUUUGCCGCGUAUCUGAAGAGGAAAAAGAAACAAGCAAAGAGAAAAAACUUCCUGAAAUGACCGGGGUUCUGUGAGAGAGAGCUUGGCAACCCGGUGAAUCCAGUUUACGAAGAAGUGCUCUCACAUUUCAGUUGUCUCUCAAGCAGAAAGAGGACUUGUUCGGAGCUGGCGGACUCUUUGGACCGCUAAUCAUCUGUGGACUUUAAAACAUAAUUGUCCUCUGAACCCGCAGCUGAUAGAGCCAUAUAUCAAAAGGAGUUGUUCCUCAAGUCCGCGGCAAUGGGGGAGCAGCCGAUCUACACCACCAGGGCCCAUGUCUUCCAAAUUGACCCAACUACCAAGAAGAACUGGGUCCCGGCCAGCAAGCAGGCCGUCACCGUCUCUUAUUUUUACGACAGCACACGCAACAGCUACCGCAUCAUCAGCGUGGAUGGAUCUAAGCAGGUGAUCAUCAACAGUACCAUCACACCCAACAUGACGUUCACCAAGACAUCGCAGAAGUUUGGUCAGUGGGCGGACAGCAGGGCCAACACUGUGUUCGGACUGGGCUUUGCUUCGGAGCAGCAACUGGCCAAGUUUUCUGAGAAGUUCCAGGAGGUAAAGGAAGCGGCCAAGCUAGCGAGGGACAAAUCUCAAGACAAGGUGGAGACAAUGAGUAAUCACUCCCAGGAGUCUGGACGUGAGACGCCUUCAACCAACCAGGCGUCCAGCAUUAAUGGGACAGAUGAUGAGAAAAUCUCUCAUGUUGGCCCCGAGGCUGCAGUGCUGAAGACUGAGAACGAACGUCUCAAGAGUGCCGUAGAACAGAGCAACACCAACGCCAAGAAGUGGGAAACAGAGCUGCAGACUUUAAGAGAAAAUAAUGCCAGGCUGGUGGACGCACUGCAGGAGUCCUCCGCUAACGUAGAGAGCUGGAAGAAACAACUUAGUGCCUACAAGGAAGAGAGUGACACGCUCAGGGAAAAGAUUGCAGAACUAGAAGCUCAGUGUAACGAAGCCAAUCUGGAGAAGCAGAAAAACGCCCAACUGUCUGUACGAGUGCAGGAGCUGGAGACUGAGCUGCAGGACAAAGAGCAGGAGCUGGAGAACCUGAGGAAGCAAGCAGAGAUAAUCCCUCAGCUCAUGGCAGAGUGCGAGACUAUCACUGCAAAAAUGCAGACUGCCGAGACGCAGAACAAGGAGCUAGAAGGGAGGAUACAGGGUCUUCAGCUGGACAUCGACGACAGUCAACAAAAGCAGGGCAACAUGAAGGGCGAGCUGAAGAAGUUCAUGGAUAUGCUGGAUGGAAAGAUAGACGAGCUGCAUGAGCUCAGGCAGGGGCUCUCCAAGCUAGGUGUUGAUAACUGAGUAAAGUGGCACUGAGCUGAAAGGGUCAGAGGUCAGGUACGAAGGAUUCACUACAGUUUGUCUUCAGGGCAGAAACUAUGUGGCACCUCCUCCCCCCAAGGUGAUGCCCACUCAGACACUAUCAGCUUUGGCUUCUAAUAAACACUACCAUGUGAGAAAGAGAUGUUUUUGGAGAGGGAGAGAGGGAGACUGGCAGGAGGAAAGCCAGCGUGGCUCCACCAAAUGGCUCCACUUUUUGUGCGCUGGCAUUCUGAAACCUAAUCAAGAGUCACACUUUGAGCUUACUUAUCCAUUUCUGUGGGGGGAAAUGGCUUUAAAAGGCUGGUGGUGGGUUCUUAGAUUCUGUCCAUCUGUCUUUUUUUUCUGAAGGCUGCAGCACUUCUUCACAGGCAGUGUGAGCUUUAGAGUAGAAGAGGGGACUUAAAAGGGCUAAAAUGAAUAACACACCAAGACAAUGCUGUUCAGCAUCACUCAAGUAAUAAUUGGUGUUAAUCCUUGUGGCCCCCUCGGAGAAUUAGAGAUGACAUCUUUCUACAGACUGUCCUUGCUGUUGCCUCUCGUCUAUCUCAGGUGUGUAAGAAGGCAGUUUGUACUCAUUAGAUUAUAUGCACAUACGUGACAAACGGCCGUGACACAAAGUGCCUCCAGGUGAGUUUAAAUCCACCUGGCAAGGAGAACUGGCGUUGAUGACCAUCACCAUAAUAAUAACUUGAUAUUUGUGAGUAAAAUGAGAUGAGAAGAACAGACAGACAGGCGAGAUGAAAGUAAUUGUUAAUGGAUGUUAAUGUGGUGAAAAAACUCAAAGGACAACAGGUGUUUGCACAAAAAAAACUAGUCUGAAGAGGGACCGCAGCAGGAAGUCAUCAACUCUCUUGUGGGUGUUUUCUGUGAACACUCCUUUUGAUUAUAUUUGCAUAAAGAACGCUCUCUUUUCUCAGGAGCAUUCCUUCAGAAACAUCCAAAAUGAAUAAUAGGACUAGAGCCCGACUGGUUUUACAGGGGAAAAAUUCACCAGUAUGGCGACCGAUAUAAUGAAUUUUACAGAUGGAAUGAAAAAGAGACCUUUAUGUGGAUUGUGCUCCGACUUUGUACCAAUAUGACCCAUGAUGAUGCGAAAAAUAUUUAACAGUAUUAUACAUUACUAUACAACACAUUACAUUAUCAACCAAUUCUAGAAAUGAAUAUAGAUAUAUAAAUAAAUAAAUUAAAAUGCUAAAUUAACAUUAGGACUGGAUGUUCAGUACAAGUCAACUGCUAAUUAAAUAAAGAAUAAAGAAUAAAUAAAAAUUUAUAAAAAAAUAAAAUAAGUAGCUUAUAUGAUUUCUGAAUAACUCCAAGGAUCUUUUUUUGCAUUAUAUUAUCUGUAAAUGAAAAAUAAUAUUGGCGCAUAUUGGACAACAUUUAUAGCGUCACGCAUCUGCAAAUUUAAUAUUGUUGAAUAUUCGACUCCAAGUCCAACUUUCAUGAAAUUUGACUGGCGAAGUCUCCACUUCAACCAAUAACAAAGAAAUGUGUGUGUGUGUUUGCUGUUAAACAGACUUACAAACCAGCAUACUGAUGUCAGUGUGUGUCACAUCCUGCCCCGACCACUUUCAACACGAACAUCACCUUGGCAGUGAUCAUCACUUGCCCAUACACUGAUACCAAUAGAGACCGAUGUGCCUGUAAUCGGUCGGGCUCUAAUAGGACCCCAAGUUUCCUGUGAGUGUAGUGUAGUGUGGUGUUUUCUGUGUGUACAAUAGUAUUGUUGUCCAUAUGUAGGACAAAGACGUCUCCACAGCUGCUGAUUUGCUUCCUACACACUGGUUUUUGUUAUGGUGGUGGUUAUUUUGGGGUGAGGGGACUUGGUGCUGCUCGAUGGGUGAAUAAUGUGAAAGUGUACUUCACUAAUAACAUUUAGAUGGCAUGGGCCUUUUCACUACAAACCCUGUCAGAUUCUUGGUUUUUGUUUUACAUAUUUAUUUAUUUUGGUGCCUCUCUGCAACUAGUGUUUCCAGAACAUACCAAGUAAAUCAACCUUAACCUAAUGUCUCUAUAGAUGUAUGAUAAUAUAUAAAGUAUACCAAACUGUCGGGAGGUUUUAUAAAUGAGGAUUUGUUUGCCGGACGGCAUCGCAGCUGCUUUUGGAUAAGUCCACCUUGAAACCUGGUACAUUUGAGAUCAAAGGCAAAUGUUGUAAUGGCAUAUUUACUGGGUAAUAUGAUGUAAUAAGUCUAUAUUUUUUCAUCACUGUUUUGAUCUAUGAAGGGACAUUUUUGCUUCUCUCUCUGUUUAACUCUACUGUUCAUAAGUCACCUGAACCUGGAACACAAAGUAUGAUCCUUCCUUUUGAACCAAUGCCUCUUGUGCACUUUUGUGACUCCUGUUCAAUAUUGUACAAUAGUUAAAACAAUUGUUAAAAUUUAGUUUAAUUACAA